ACACCCCAAAAACCUUUUCAUCAUCCUAUCCCCAGGCAUAACCCAAAGAAAGGCAUCAAAGUCAUUAUAUACAUACAGCCUUUUGUAUGUAUCUACAAACAUGGCAGCGGUAGUAGGUAGUAGUAGUAGUAGGAUGAUGAUGAUACAACACUCUCUUCAUUCCCACCUUUCAACAAACAAUCUUACCACUUUCCUCUCCUCAACAUCUUUUUCAAUCCUUAAAACCCCUCAAAUAAAAACCCCCACAAAAUGGGUCUCAUUAUCUUCAAAAAAAGGAAGACCUACAGCUUUAUAUUGCACUUGUAGUAGCACAAAAAAAGAAGAAGAUGACCAUCCAUUUGUGGUCACAACCCCUCUUUAUUACGUAAAUGCCCCUCCGCAUAUGGGCAGUGCCUAUUCCACUAUUGCUGCUGAUGCUAUUGCUCGUUUUCAGAGGCUUAUUGGAAAGAAGGUUAUAUUCAUCACUGGCACAGAUGAGCAUGGAGAGAAAAUAGCUACUGCAGCGGCUGCAGGUGGCAACACCCCAAAAGAUCACUGUGACAGAAUUUCACAGUCUUACAGGGCGUUGUGGAAAGAUCUAGAUAUAUCUUAUGAUAAGUUCAUUCGCACAACCGAUUCUAAGCAUGAAGCUCUUGUGGAAGAAUUUUAUUCAAAGGUUCUAGCCAAUGGCGAUAUUUAUCGCGCUGAUUAUGAAGGACUCUAUUGUGUCAGUUGUGAGGAGUACAAGGAUGAAAAAGAGUUGCUCGAAAACAAUUGCUGUCCAAUGCACUUAAAGCCAUGUGUCGCAAGGAAAGAAGACAAUUACUUUUUUUCCUUGUCAAAGUAUCAGAAAAGGCUGGAAGAGAUUUUAGAGCACAAUCCACAUUUUGUUCAACCAGAGUAUCGUUUAAAUGAGGUUCAAAAUUGGAUGAAAACUGGGCUCAGAGAUUUUUCAAUUUCCCGAGCUUCAGUCGAUUGGGGUAUUAGAGUUCCUAAUGAUCCAAAACAAACCAUUUAUGUCUGGUUUGAUGCAUUACUAGGUUAUAUAUCAGCAUUAUCAGAGGAGCAGGAGCAACCUAGUUUACAAACUGCAAUUUCUUCAGGCUGGCCUGCUUCGCUGCACUUGAUUGGCAAGGAUAUAUUGCGGUUUCACGCAGUUUAUUGGCCAGCUAUGUUAAUGUCGGCUGGACUAAGCCUUCCUAAAACUGUCUUUGGCCAUGGGUUUCUGACAAAGGAUGGUAUGAAGAUGGGAAAAUCACUUGGGAAUACUCUUGAACCAAACGAGUUAGUGCACAGAUUCGGGUCUGAUGCUGUCAGGUACUUUUUUCUCAGAGAGGUUGAAUUUGGAAAUGAUGGAGAUUACUCUGAGGAGCGUUUCAUUAACAUUGUCAAUGCACAUCUCGCCAAUAUCAUUGGAAAUCUUCUUAAUCGUACGCUUGGACUUUUGAAAAAGAAUUGCCAAUCAACUUUGGUUGCUGAUUCGACUGUUGCAGCCGAAGGAAAUGUCUUCAAGGACACUGUAGAAAAGCUGGUUGAAAAGUCAAAGGUUCAGUACGAAAGCUUGUUGCUGUCUUCCGCUUGUGAAAGUGUGCUGGAAAUCGGUAAUGCUGGUAACUUAUACAUUGAUGGACAUGCACCAUGGUCUCUCUUUAAACAAGGAGGCGCAUCCUUCGAUUCUGCUGCAAAGGAUCUUGUACUUAUAUUGGAAGCAAUGAGGAUUAUUGCAGUUGCAUUGUCUCCUGUCACACCACGCUUAUGUCUCAGAAUAUAUCAACAACUUGGCUACACCGAAGAACAAUUCAAUGCUGCUACAUGGAAUGAUACAAAAUGGGGUGGGCUAAAGGGUGGUCAGGUAAUGGCUCCACCGAUCCCCAUCUUUGCUAGGAUUGAAAUUGCGACAGAAGCUGAAGGUGGAGCCCCUGUGGAGAAGAAAGUUUCCAAGAAGAAAGAAAAGCCACCGCGUAGCCAAAGUACUGUUGGGGCCUAAAUAUCUUCGACCAUUUAUUGCAUAUCGUAUCUUCAAUCUUAUCCUGAUUUGCUUAUCUUUCAUACAUGGAUUUAUCAACCUAUCUUGUUACACAUUUUUUUUUAUGAUAGAAUAAGCUGUAUACGUUGACACGAGUUAACUUUAGAUCAAACAUUUCACUAAUAGAAAGAUUAGACACGUUUGAGAUAUUA